GUUUACCUCCUCCACCUCUACUUUGGCAAGUCCUCUGUAACGAUUCUCCUCCACCUGGACCUUUCGUGCCACUUUCCCGGACAGCCUCGUCUUUUCCCGGCGGCCGGGCAUGGAGCAGUAAAGGCGCGCCGUCCUUGGCGCACCGAGAAGCGGACUCCUCUCCUUCCUCCGUCCGCGCCUCCUGCCGCCCCCUCCUGCUGGAGCAGGAGAGAUGCCCGGGGCAGGAUGUGCUCCAGCCGCAAGAUCCUGUGGAGCCUGCUCUUGCUGUCCGUGGUGGAGGUGGGCCUGGGUGUGGCGAGCAUCGUCCUGGGAGCCGUGGGCAUCAGCAGGGUCCGGGGCGAGCACAAGCCGCAACAGGGCGACGCGUCCCCGGUGUGGAGCGGGCUCUGUUUCCUGGUCUGUGGGAUGUGCGGAGUGUUGUGUGCUCGAAAGAGGACGGGUCUUAUUAUGAUCCUGUUUUCAGCGUGCUGUAUCUGCGGGCUGAUUGGUGGGAUCCUCAACUUCCAGUUUGUUCGGGCGCUGAACAAACGGCCAGACUCGAUGCACUCGAUCCACCUGGCUGCCAUGACUCUGGCCGGUCUGGGCAUCUCAUCAUGUACCUUAUCGACGUGGCUGACCUGUCGCCUUGCCAGCUCUGAGCAGCAGAGGAUGUUUCUUGAGAGGGAGCACUCACUGCACCACUCGCACGAGAUGACCGAGAAGGAGAUCCUGGACAACUCCAGCAACGGCAUCCCUCAGAUCUCCUACAACGGGCACACCGCAGCAUCACCAUGAUGUCACCAAAGGGGUGAGGAAUCAGUUGCUGUCAACAGACCAAUGUAGCAUGUACUUCCUUCUGAUAGGACUGUACACAGCCCUGCAACAUGCACAGCGACUUUAUUCUGAGUGCAGGGAGUGAAUCCAAGUCUCUCACCUCGGAAACCUGUUGUCUGCUCCAGCAGGAGGGAGGCGUCUGUGCUUCUGACUAAUUAUGUAAACGUGGGCUCAAACCUCUUCACUUCAACUCAAACCAAAGCCAGGACGGAGGGCUGUCGUUUGGGUGAUGAAUUCAGGUGGCAAGACCUCUGCGGGACAUCGUCUGACCUCGAGGGUAAUAAGCAGGAGGAGAUUUUAUCAAAUCAGAUGCCUCAAAGUGAUGAGCACAAACCACGCAUGCAGCUGAUCCACUUGUUCUAAAGAGCUACUGCUGUUUCAUUCUCAACGCCCUUAUCGUCCGUCUUGUUAUGGGUUCAUGGAAUGCAAAUGUUGAGAUAGCCUCCAGUAAAGUGUAU